CAAAGCUUUGGGAGUUGAGUCGAGAUGAAGCUCCCCCAGAUACGACUCGACUCCCUCCGUUUCUUCUUCUCCAUUAAAUUCAAUGGAAGCCACUUCCUUCCUUUCUCACACUUCUCUUCUCCUCUCUUCUUAGUGCAAAAAACACACGUGCUUUAAUUAAUUUGAGAGGGCCGGCCGAUGACUCCGGCUAAGGCUUCGCCGUCGUCCGCCGCCGCCAUCUCGGCCUACUGCUCGCAGCCCAAGAACCCGCGCGGCGGCCAGCCGGAAGGGCCGACGCGCGCUCGUCUUCGCUCGGCCUCGUUCCACCACGCGGCGGCGGCGGCGGCGCAUCCGGAGCACCGCCAGAUGCGGCGGCCGAAGACGCAGCCCGAGCUGCUAUGCCGCGGCGCGGCUACGUCGUCGCCGACGAGGGUGCCGGCGAAGGUGCUGGUGAACGUGGCGGUGCAGCGGAGCCUGGGCCCCGUGCAGGUAGUGGCGUCCACGGAGUGGAGCGUCGGCGAGCUGGUGGCCGCCGCGCUGGCGCGCUACGACAGGGAGGGCAGGCGGCCGACGCUGCCGGCCGCCGAACCCUCGGCCUUCGGGCUCCAUUACUCCCAGUUCAGCCUCGAAUGUCUGAAUCCUGAAGAAAAGCUCAUCAAUUUAGGAUCGAGAAACUUCUUCCUCUGUCUUAAGCCAGAAACAGAGAAAUCGAACUCCUCCUCCUCCUCCGGCUCCGGGUCGGCGGCGACGGCGACGGCUUCUUGCUCGAAGCAAGCCGAGGAGGAAUCGAAGAUGCGCCCCUCGUGGUUAAGUUUCAUGGAUUGCUUGCUAUAAUUAGCAAGAAAACGCGAAUUGGAGCUGGCGGUAAAGAUUUUCAGAUGCGUUCAUGUAUGGAAAGAUUCUACUGCUAUAAUUAAUUAAUUAAUUAAUUAAUUUGUUGCUGUUCUUGCAAUGAUGGGAGAAUGAAUAUUAAUUUGAGCCUCUCA